AUGAUUCAACGAAAAGCAACCAUGGUUGAAUCGCGACUCACUGAGCAGAGUGUAGAUCAAAAUGGAGCAGCAAAGCUGUCCAGCUGGUCUUUGAGGCAGAAAAAGAGUCUACCAAUCUCUAUUCCAGAACCCAAACCGUUCAAAUCUCAAGAAAAUCAAGGUGAAGUUGGCGACGACAAACCGCAAAAGAGAAGACAUUGGCUUCACAAGAGUUCCGGAGUGACUUCAUCAAUGAAAUCGACUGCAGGUAAAACUCCAGAUAAUUUAGUCACCGAAACCAAACCAUCGACUGAAACAAAGUCAAAGCGAUGGUGGGAAAGAGGUUCCCAAAAAGGGAGAGUAGUCACACCUGCAACACUAGCAUCCAGUGAAUCUGAGCCCCAUGACUUGCUCUCUACCGAAUCUAUUGACAUUGCGGGAAGCAAUGUGAUUUCAGUUAUCAAGAGUUUGGAAGUGGAUGACAGCAGACCGAUUGUAUUCGGGAAUUACUCGGGAGAACCCGUUUACAAGAGGAAUAUCACAGAGCCAGCUCUUUUCAACUCAGAAAUACUCAAGUUUUAUCAAUUUGACACGUUUGAAGAAGCAACGUAUCAUUCGUGGAAUGUUUGGACUGUGGGGGAUGACGGGGCAAAAGGAAUUGACAGAAGCAUAGAAUGCAAGAUGGAUCUAGUUGACUUCUUCAAGAGAUUUGAGCAUGAGAAAGUGUAUAUAAUGAGGAGUAUCUUGGUUCCCAAUCUUAAUCAAUUCAAGAAUGGUUACUUAGUGAAGCUCAAGAUCUUACACGGCAAAGAACCUAAAGGUGCAGAAAUUGGAUUACAAGCUUUCAAAAGGUGCUGCAAGAGUUCAAUUUUAAAUAAGGUUCCGGACAAUGCCAUUAAGAUCAACAUUUGUGGGCUUACUUACACCAGAAGAGGUUCUCUCACUCAAAUCACUCUAUGGAUCCAUCCAAUCAUGAAUAUGUCCUUUAAUAUUUCUAGCCAAGUGAUGUUGUUGAUAAGGCUGCUUAGCUUGGAAGCUAAGGUGGACAAGAUCACAUUAGUUGAUGUAAACAAUGGAUCCAAGACUGAAAUUGUUGAGGACUAG